AUGGGGUCACUUAACUUGGAUAUAGAGCGAGAAGUGCUCGCUAAUACUUCGGUCACUUGCAAAGAAAAUGACAUCUCCAAUAUAUUAGACUCUCCGAAAGAAGAGCCCGAGUUGAUAUUCGAUACGGGGCUACAGACAUGGCUCCAAGCUUUAGGCUCAUUCUUUCUCUUCUUCAAUUCAUGGGGCAUUAUCAAUACAUGGGGUGCAUAUCAAACCUAUUAUGAGCGAGAAUUGCUCUCCGGUACUUCAUCAUCUACCAUUGCCUGGAUUGGAUCGCUACAGUCUUUCCUUCUGAUGAUGGUUGGAGUCAUUACAGGUCCAAUGUUUGACGCUGGUUAUUUUCGACCCCUCAUCAUCUUCGCUACCUUCCUAAUGCCCUUUGGCUUGAUGAUGACCAGCCUUGCCACACAAUACUGGCAACUGAUUCUUUCGCAGGGCCUUUGCAUGGGACUCGCAGCAGGCUGCCUUUUUGUACCCUCCGUUGCCAUCCUGCCACAGUACUUCCGCCGUAAGAGAGGCCUCGCCAACGGCUUGGCUGCCAGUGGCAGCAGUAUCGGUGGUGUCGUCUACCCAAUCAUGCUCGAUCAGUUGGAGAAGAAGGUCGGUUUUCCCUGGGCUACCCGAGCACUUGGGUUCGUCUGCUUCGGCACCAUGUGCAUUGCUAUUAGCAUCAUGCGCUCGCGCUUCCAGCCAGAGGAGAAGCGCAAGCUGUACCAGCUAUCUGCUUUCAAGGACCCGGCAUUUACUAUAUUCGCCAUUGCCAUGUUUAUAGGUUUCUUAGGUCUAUACAACUUCUUGUUCUAUGUGCAGUCAUACGCAAUAGACACAGGCAUUGUAGACGCCAAUCUAGGAUUCUACCUACUCUCCAUGCUAAAUGCCGCCUCGACCUUCGGCCGCAUUGCGCCCAACUUUCUCGCUGACCACGUUGGUCCUUUGAAUAUGCUCACACCAGCCGUGAGCAUCACUGCCAUCCUGGCCUUUGUCUGGAUCCGGGUUCACACCCUACCUGGAAUCAUCAUCCUUACCGUCUUGUACGGCUUCUUCUCGGGUGGAUUUGUGUCUCUGCCGCCUGUGGUUAUGGCAAGCAUGACUUCCGACGUGCGCAACCUGGGUACACGGUUGGGAAUGGUCUUUGCUAUCACUUCCAUAGGCCUGCUGAUCGGUACCCCCAUCGGCGGUGCAAUCCUGUCCAAUACAAACCAAUUCCUCGGGGUUCAGCUUUUCACCGCUUGCUGUCUCACUGCAGCUGCAGUUCUUAUGACCUCUGUGAGACUUCUGCGCUCGGGUCUUAAGUUUCAUGUUAAGGCCUAA